GUCCCCUCCCGUGGCGGCGCCGUGAGCGGCGGCGCGGGGGCAGGCCGGCCGGCCGCGAGAUGGCGGCGCAGAAGAUAAACGAGGCCCUGGAGCACAUCGCCAAAGCGGAGAAAUAUCUGAAAACUGGAUUCUUAAAGUGGAAACCAGAUUAUGACAGUGCAGCUACCGAAUAUGGGAAGGCAGCUGUGGCUUUUAAGAAUGCUAAGCAGUUUGACCAGGCAAGGGAAGCCUGUUUGCGAGAAGCUGAAGCACAUGAAAACAAUAAAGCACUUUUCCAUGCUGCCAAAGCUUAUGAACAAGCUGGCAUGAUGCUAAAGGAGAUGCAGAGACUCCCUGAAGCUGUCCAGCUAAUUGAGAAAGCCAGUAUGAUGUACCUGGAGAAUGGGACACCAGAUACAGCAGCUAUUGCACUGGAACGGGCUGGAAAGUUAAUAGAAAAUGUGAGUCCAGAGAAGGCUGUACAGCUCUAUCAGCAAGCAGCAUCAGUGUUUGAAAAUGAAGAACGUUUACGGCAAGCAUUAGAAAUGUUAGGGAAGGCUUCAAGACUUCUAGUCCGAGGACGCAGAUUAGAUGAGGCUGCAUUGUCUCUUCAAAAGGAAAAAAGUCUUUAUAAGGAAAUUGAAAAUUAUCCAACGUGCUAUAAGAAAACUAUUGCUCAAGUCUUAGUUCAUCUUCACAGAAAUGAUUACGUUGCUGCAGAAAGAUGUGUGAGGGAAAGUUAUAGUAUACCAGGAUUUAAUGGAAGUGAAGACUGUGCAGCACUAGAGCAGCUUUUAGAAGGGUAUGACCAGCAAGAUCAGGAUCAAGUUUCGGAAGUCUGUAACUUACCACUCUUCAAAUAUAUGGACAAUGAUUAUGCCAAGCUUGGUCUUACCUUGGUGGUGCCAGGAGGUGGGAUCAAGAAGAAAUCUUCAAACACUGCACAAGACAAGACAAGAGGACCAGCCACGGUGGGCUCUCAUGCCGAUGAGGAAGAGGAUGAAUAUUCUGGUGGACUUUGCUAGCUGCAGAUACAUGUUAUCUUAAAUACCUAACUUGUUUGUGAUGUUGAGCAUAUCCAAAGGUACCAGAUUUACCAGAGCUUCAUUGCAAUUGUGAUAUGGGAAUGCUAAUAUUAGCUUGGCAGCUUUUGGGUACAACAAAAACGGGAGUAAGAGCAUGAUUGUACCUUUCAUCUUGAAACACCUUUGGAUUUCAUUUCUUACCUGGUAGGAGCUUCUUCAGGGCCCUGCCUGCAGUUGAUGGGGAAAAAUUCGAGAGAAGUUUUUACUAAAAGCACAGUUUAAAAAAGAAACCAAAACUCUGAAGAGAAGCACUGGGGUUAGGGAGAGUGGCACAAAAUUCCAAAUGCUGGAUUUCAAUACCUGACACUUUUUUGCCCCCAAUAAUAUGUUUGUGAUUGUUUUCUGAGUUAAAUGUAAGGUCAUUAAAUGAACAUCGUCCAGAUGUUCAUCUCCUUUUUAACAUUAUUUAAGGAAGACCAUGGCACAGAGGGAUUUUCCACUAGUGUAAUCACUAGGGGGAACAUUCAGUUUAUUUUAACACGUUUUUAUCUCACUGUGGAAUAUUACUUUAGUAUCUUACUCUUUGCAAGGAGUAUCCAUGUGGUUGUAGAAAACACUAAGACAGCUACUGUGGAGAAGUUUUGCAAGGUUAUAGGCAUAGGUGUGCACAUCUUUCAUCUUAUAUUAACCUGAAGUCUUUUGAAAUAAGUGAGUGCGUUGUGUUUGUAAUGCACACCUUGGGAAUGGAAGGAGUGGACAACCUUUCUAGUACUGUUUCCGAAGCAUGCCACAAUCAAAAACAAAAAUGAAGGUAGCAGUUAAUGUGUGUUAAAUAUAAAGCUCAGGAGGCAGUAUUUAGCAAAACUUAGGUGGAAUGUUUCAGUGGUGUGAUGGAACUUAGGAGUGUUUCAGAUGUUCACUUCCUAAUCAAUACUCUAGUUUGCAAAGACGUUUCAUUCUUUCAUGUUCUCAAAGCAUAGAACAGCUACCUUUUACAAAUGGCAUUUUUCAAACUAGCUCAAACCCCAAAUAACCAAAUUUUAAAGCAUCUUCUCCACUUCUAUUUGAUUACAAGUUGUCACGUCUUUCACAAUUUUCUUUAGUGUCUAAAUUAAUUUGACCAUUUUAUGCUUAAAAGUUGACAACCCUAGAAGACGGCUCUGUGGUCUGUUUUUUUCAGGAGAACCUAAUCAAGAUCGGCACUAAGGUGAUGUCCAAAGCUCAAUAAACAGUAGACCAAAAGCAUAGGGUUAAGUGUCAAUACAGUUUCUGCCUCAUCAAGGAAUUGGAUGGCUUCAAAAAUACCAAAUGUGUCAGAUGUAAUUGCAGUUAAGGUAGACUUUGAGGACUAAUAUUCACUGUGCUUGGGGUGAAAAGCACUGACUAGCAUAGCAAUGGGUGCACAAGCUACACUAUGAUUGUAGGCAGGACUGCGUUAAAAGUAAUGUAAUUCAAUUUCAUAGAUAUUCAGAAAAAGUUUUUUCUUUUUAUUAUGCAAUAAGCUUGGAUUACAAAGCAGUUUGAGAGCUUUUUAAAGCUGUUUAAACCUGUUGUUCUGUACUGUCUAAUAGAUAAUUUCUCUCUGAUAUUAAGGAUGUAUAUAAAAGUUUUUGUACUACUAAAAAAUAGCCUAAAUGAAAUUUUAGAAAGUGAGUUGCUUUUCUCUCAGAAUAAUUACUAAUAUACAUGAAAGUUUGUUUUUGAAGAUUUUCCUAUAACUCUUCUUUCUUCACGACUGAGGAAACUGAAGUGAGGUGUUCCACCUUCUGCCUUCUGGAUUUGUUCAUGAAGGUCACCAUGCACUUUUUAUGGGGAGUUUUUAUUACUUUUUUUUUUUUUUUAAGCACAUUUAGAAGCACUGGGAACACUAAGUGAUUUUCCCUGCUUUUCCCUGCUGCUUCUAUUUCUGAAAUUACUUUUGGUGAAUGAUCCCAAGGAGUUUACUACGUUGUGUGUGCAAACAGUAACAUGUAUCUGAAAAGACAAGCAAGCAGGUCUGUCUGCAUGAAAGAACUUGAUAAAAUUUAUAUAUUAGGAUGCUUUUUCAUGGAAAAAAAUAUGCAAGACUGUCUCUUACCCACUCCCUCAGCUUUUUUUUUUUCUUUUUAGCUUGUGCCAAGUACAGAAAAUCUGGGACAAAAGUAAUUUAUACCAAACAUGUUAAGCUGCCAUUGAAUUUAAAGAGGUUUCUCUGAAUCUUAGGAACAGAAUCUUAAUCUUUAAUUGCAAUGUUGCUGCAAAGACCAAAUCUGCAGAAAUGGAAGUGUCUGAAAAUAAGAUGGUCUAUUUUAUAUAACUUAUUCUCCUAUUUUGGGCAAUGAAAGUGUAAUAGGAAUAUUAUCUGCCUUUUAGUAAAUGUUUAACUAUAGAAUAUGCUCUGUAUGUUAUGUAUAAGUGUUUGUUUCUAUCUUUCAAAGCAAUUUGCACACUUCUGUAAAUACCCUUUAAGUGAUUUAAAGUGAAAAAUACACUGUUUUCAGCAAGGAAGUUUCCAAAACUAAUGUUGGCUGUAAGAAAAAUAAAGUUGCAUGAAGACUGAGCAAUGAUCAGUGUAAUGUAUAUGACAUUAGAUGAUUUCUAAAUUAUCUGUAACCUAUGGCUGAGUAUGCCCAAGUGCGGUGUGAAAUCUGUGCUUUAUUUGUUCUUUUCCCAAACCUGUGAUGUAUUAGAUUAUGAAGUGUGUUUGUAGCAGCUCUACAGAUGCUGCCUCUGAGAAGAGGCUGUAUUUCACCAUCAUGAAAAAUAAAACUUGAAACUAACA